AUGCCCUCCCCAUUUCUUAAUCCUCGAGGCGAUCCAAUCCCGCAAGAGCAGGUUCUUGGAAGCGGAAGCUCGGCCGUUGUUCUGCUUCAAGAAGGCGCUGCCGUCAAAAUCCCGUUACGGUAUCUGUGGAGCUCCGACUCCGACGUGGAAGUGAACCUUUCCAGCCUCCGACGCGAGCAAAGUAUCUAUCGUCGCUUGCAAAGCGAUCCGGAUGACCCCUCUAGCGGCAUCGUCGAUUGUCUUGGGUGUUCAGCGGAGUCCACCCAACUGGCUUACAUGGCUAAUGGCGACCUUCGGGCUUAUCUCGAAACGCGCCGGGCGCCGCCGUCGCAGGAGCUUCAGCUCACCUGGUUUCGGGCCAUGGCACGCACCCUUUGCUACAUCCACGACAAACGGGUGCUUGUUGCGGACAUUGCCACUCGCAAUUUCCUCCUGGAUACCGAACUGGCGGUCAAAAUCUGCGAUUUCUCCGAGGCGUCGCUCCUGCCACUGGAGUCCGAUAUGGAGACCGCCGAUGACAAUGGAUACACCACCCAAAUCGACGUCGGCCUCCUGGGGACGGUCCUGUACGAAGUCAUGACCGGCACGAAGUGUGAGAUCGACCUUUUCAAGCACAACUCUCCCACCGACGGCAGAGCGUAUUGGCCGGAGAGGAAGUCUCUGCCGAGCACGGAGGGCCUUUGGCUCGACUGGAUCGUCGAGGGCUGCUGGGACGUUGAAUUCCGCAGCGCGCACAGCCUCCGGCGAGCAUUGGAUUCGGUCGAUCUACGGCAGCGUCCCUCUUCGGUUAAUCAACCGUGUACCACGGCUCCCUUCCGUCUUUCUACGAAUCGGCCGAUCACGACUGUCAUUGGGGUCUUGAGCUUGACAAUGUUCACUCUCAUGAUCGGCAGGAGAGUGUUUCCGGUGUCAUGA